AUGGCAGUAAAAUCCCUCCUAUUAAUACUAAUCUUGGUGGUUUGCUUGGCUUCAAGUGAAGCAAGUCAUCAAGAAGUUGAUAUUUUAAGCGAAAGUUGGGAAUUUCAGAUGGAGAAAAAUAUCCAAGACAGAUUUUUCAACUAUGUUAAACCUCUCAUAGCAGGAUACUUUAAAGCAUAUGAAGGAGUAGAAGUUAAAGAACAAUGCUUAGACUCGGAGUUCCAAGAGAUUAUUAUUAGGAAGGGGGCUAAAGCAACCAAAGCUGUAGUAACCUUCUGGAAACAUAAAAAGAGUUACAUUCUUCCUAAAGUUACCUCUUUCUUUGCAACUUUGGCAGAUGAGCUAACUAAUUCAUGUGGAGAAGGUCAGAUGUUUUUUGAUUUAUACGUCAUGAAUGCAAGAUCUAAAUCUAUUUUAUCUCUCCUCACUAAACUAGCCAAGAAUGCACUCCUUGGAUCUCUCCACAUAACAUAUUGGGGAAUCAGGAUGGCUAUUAGCCACCUAUUAUUCAAUAACUACAAUAUUGGGCUCUCAAUAGGUCACAUCCUACGUAUAAUCAUCACCGGCCAUGUCAAUACAUAAACAGCUAUUUGUUCUACUCCUGCUCAACAAUCUCUG